ACCUUGUGCGAACACUACUUAUUGCAUCUAUACUGUAUAACUAUCAGAUCUACCAUUUAUUCUGUUUAAAACCUAACAAAUUCCCACUCAAUUUCCACUAAUUCAACUCUCAAAUUGAAGAUUCUGAGAUCAGAUCUUGUUAUCCGUACGCAGGUUGGUCGGACAAUAACCCUGGUAUCUCAUAUUUGGAAUCGUCUUUUGGUUCUGAGCGCAGUUUGGAAAAAAAGCGCCAUAUUAUUCAACCGGGGUCUGUCAUCCAUCGAAGAAAUUAUGAGAUCGUUCUUGUGAUCUAUAAAUUGCAUUAGAAGUGAAAACCGAUUAACAUUGUGGGGUAUCAAACAUAACGUUAAUUAUGAGAGGAAGACCAGAUGGAUCUAAGAAGCGUUUGCUCACAACUUUUAUUCUUGUAGCAGCUGCCCUUCUUUUCCUGUAUUUGUAUUUCGGCUCUCAGAAUCAAGGUGAGUCAGCUCUAGAGUAUGGCAGCCGGUCUCUAAGGAAGCUUGGAUCAUCCUACUUAGGCGGUGAUGAAGAAUCUGAUCUUGGCAACAAGCAAGAUGAGUUUAAAUUUGGUCUGGAUGAUGGCGAUGGCAUUGUACCAAAAAGUUUUCCCGUUUGUGAUGAUCGAUACUCUGAACUGAUACCUUGCUUAGACCGUAAUCUUAUCUACCAGAUGAGAUUGAAGUUGGAUUUGUCUUUGAUGGAGCACUAUGAAAGGCAUUGUCCUCUGCCUGAAAGACGGUUUAACUGCUUGAUACCUCCUCCAACAGGGUACAAGGUCCCCAUUAAGUGGCCAAAGAGCAGAGAUGAAGCAUGGAAAGCAAACAUACCACAUACCCACCUUGCACAUGAAAAAUCAGACCAAAACUGGAUGGUUGUGAAAGGUGAAAAGAUCAUAUUCCCAGGUGGAGGAACUCAUUUCCACUACGGAGCUGAUAAGUACAUUAAAUCACUUGCAAAUAUGCUCAACUUCUCAAAAGAUAACAUGAACAACGAAGGAAACUUACGAACCGUUCUUGACGUUGGAUGUGGAGUUGCAAGUUUCGGUGGUUAUCUUCUUUCAUCCGACAUCAUUGCAAUGUCAUUAGCACCUAAUGAUGUGCAUCAAAAUCAAAUCCAAUUCGCUCUAGAACGAGGCAUUCCUGCAUAUCUCGGUGUUCUCGGAACAAAAAGACUUCCGUACCCCAGUAGAUCUUUCGAACUUGCCCAUUGUUCUCGUUGUAGAAUCGAUUGGCUUCAAAGGGACGGUAUCCUUCUACUUGAGUUGGAUCGGUUGCUUAGACCCGGUGGCUACUUUGCUUACUCGUCUCCUGAAGCGUAUGCGCAAGAUGAAGAGGAUCUUCGAAUAUGGAAAGAAAUGAGUGCACUUGUUGAACGCAUGUGCUGGAAAAUAGCUGCGAAAAGGAACCAAACUGUCAUUUGGGUCAAACCUUUGACUAAUGAUUGUUACAUGGAGAGAGCUCCUGGUACUCAGCCGCCUCUUUGUCGGUCAAAUGAUGAUCCCGAUGCUGUGUAUGGUGUAAACAUGGAAGCGUGCAUUACACCUUACUCUGAACAUGAUCACGCAAGUAAAGGAAGUGGAUUGGCUCCAUGGCCAGCUAGGUUAACAUCGCCACCUCCUCGUCUUGCCGACUUUGGCUAUUCAAGGGAUAUGUUUGAAAAGGACACGGAGUUGUGGCGUAAGAGGGUUGAGAAUUACUGGGAUCUGUUGAGCCCAAAAAUAUCGGCUAAUACGAUAAGGAACGUGAUGGACAUGAAGGCAAAUUUGGGCUCAUUUGGAGCUGCUUUGGGGAAGAAAGAUGUUUGGGUGAUGAAUGUUGUCCCUGAAGAUGGACCCAACACAUUGAAGCUUAUUUACGAUAGAGGCUUAAUCGGCUCAAUUCAUAACUGGUGUGAAGCAUACUCGACUUACCCACGUACAUACGAUCUUCUCCAUGCUAGCAACGUGUUCUCAGACAUUAUCGAAAGGAAAGGAUGCAGUGGUGAAGAUUUGUUGAUCGAGAUUGAUCGUAUCCUCAGGCCCACGGGCUUCCUAAUCGUUCGGGACAAAAAGCCCGUUAUCGACUUUGUGAAGAAAUACUUAGCCGCGAUACAUUGGGAAACCGUGGCGACGGCAGAUUCAACGUCGGAAUCAGAUGGAGAUGAUGUUGUGCUUAUAGUCCAAAAGAAACUAUGGCUCACAAGUGAAAGCUUGAGGGAAACAGAUUAAGUUUUGAACCUAAAACACCACUUUAAACAAAGGUAUUAUAUGUGGGGGGUUUUGUAGCAUCAAAUUGUGACUUUAGUAUCUUCUUAUGAGUUAGUUGAUUUAUUUUUAUGAUAUGCGUUUGCGUCUACAAACUCCUAUUUUUAUAAUUUUAUAUGUGUAUUAUUUUAGUUGGAUUUAAUUUAAAUAAUAAUUAAUCCAAAUAUGCAUACGUUUGAUAAGUGAUGCAAAA